GGUGCCAUCGAUAUUUUACAACGUCUGGUCACUCUUUUUGAUGUCUUGUGCAUUCGACAGCGUUUAGUUUUGCUGUAAAAAUAGUGCAGACAAACGGCCGCGUGGAAAGUCAACCAACAUGUCGCGCUUUUUUGCCAACGGGUCCGACUCGGAGUCCGAGUCCAGUGAGGAGGAGGUUCAGGCGACGAACUUCAACAAAGCCAGCGCCUUCCAAUUCAGCGACGAUGAGGAGGAGGUCAAGCGCGUGGUGCGCUCCACCAAGGAGAAGCGCUACGAGAACCUCACCAGCAUCAUCAAGACCAUCCGCAACCAUAAGAAGAUAAAGGAUAUCCCGAACACGCUGACCAGCUUCGAGGACCUGACGCGCGCGUAUCAAAAGGCGCUGCCCGUCAUCUCGAAGGAGGAGAACGGCAUCACGCCGCGCUUUUAUAUCCGCUGCCUCGCCGAGCUGGAGGACUUCAUUAACGAGGUGUGGGAGGACCGCGAGGGCAGGAAGAACCUGUCCAAGAACAACUCCAAGUCGCUGGGUACGCUGCGUCAGAAGGUACGCAAGUAUAUCAAGGAUUUUGAGGACGAUUUGUCGCGUUUCCGCGAGGCACCCGACCAGGAAAGCGAGGCGGAGGACGAGGUGGCUGCCCUGGACAGCGACGGCGGUGAUGCCGGCGACGACAGCGAUGUGGGAGUUAAACGCGAGGCUACCGAAGCCGUACCCAAGGCGGCCAAAUCGGCGCCAGUCAAGGCGGCGCCCGCCGACGAUGAUGAUUCCGAUGAUUCCAUUGACUGGGACUCGGAUUCAGAGAGCGAAACGGAGUCGUCGGACGAUGAGAAUCAGUACCAGAACAUGCGUGAGCGCUUCCUUAAGCGCACCACCGAGAAGGAGGACAAGGACGACGACAAGAGGAAAGAUAAGCGCAAGGAGCAGAAGGUCAAGAUCCGCAAGCGUGCUGAGGACGAUGAGGACGGCGAGUGGGAAACCGUUGUCAAGGGCCAUGUUGUGGAGAAGCCCAAGAUGUUCGAGAAGGACGCCGAGAUCGAUGUGCCAUUGGUGCUGGCCAAACUGCUGGAGAUCAUGUCGGCACGCGGCAAGAAGCGGACCGACCGCCGCCUGCAGAUCGAUCUGCUGUUCGAACUGAGAGACAUCUCCGACCAGCACAACCUGGGCACCGCCGUCUCCGUAAAGAUCCACUUCAACAUCAUCUCGGCCAUCUUCGACUACAACCAGAAGAUCUCCGAGCCCAUGAAGCUGGAGCACUGGGCCCUGCUGUUGGAGGUGAUGCAGAGCAUGAUGAAGCUGCUUCUGGCCAAUCCGGACAUCAAUAUGAGUGAAAGCGUUGCCGAGGAACACGAGGAGUACUCCGCGGCGCCCUAUUUCGUCCGUGGCUGCCCCCUGGCCGCCGUGGAGCGGCUCGACGAUGAGUUCACCAAGCUGCUGAAGGAGUGCGAUCCCCACUCUAACGACUAUGUGUCCCGACUGAAGGACGAGGUGAACGUUGUGAAAACCAUCGAGCUGGUGCUGCAGUACUUCGAGCGCUCCGGCACCAACAACGAGCGCUGCCGCAUCUAUCUGCGCAAGAUCGAGCAUCUCUACUACAAGUUCGAUCCGGAGGUGCUGAAGAAGAAGCGCGGCGAGGUGCCGGCCACGACUCCCACCUCUGUGGAGGUGAUGGACAAGCUGUGCAAGUUCAUCUACGCCAAGGACGACACGGAUCGUAUAAGGACGCGGGCCAUUCUGGCGCACAUCUACCACCAUGCCAUGCACGACAACUGGUUCCAGGCGCGCGACCUCGUGCUGAUGUCGCACCUGCAGGACAACAUUGAUGCCGCCGAUCCUGCCACCCGCAUCCUGUACAAUCGGAUGAUGGCCAACCUCGGUCUCUGCGCCUUCCGGCAGGAGAACGUGAAGGACGCGCACCACUGUCUCGUCGAUCUAAUGGUCACCGGAAAGCCCAAGGAGCUGCUCGCCCAGGGACUGCUGCCCCAGCGCCAGCAUGAACGGUCCGCCGAGCAGGAGAAGAUCGAAAAGCAGCGUCAGAUGCCAUUCCACAUGCACAUCAACCUAGAGCUGCUCGAGUGCGUCUACCUGGUGUCCGCCAUGCUGCUAGAGAUUCCCUACAUUGCCGCCCACGAGUUCGACGCCCGCCGCCGCAUGAUCAGCAAGACGUUCUACCAGCAACUGCGGUCCUCUGAGCGCCAGUCCCUGGUGGGUCCACCGGAAUCGAUGCGUGAGCAUGUGGUGGCCGCCGCCAAGGCAAUGCGCUGCGGCAACUGGCAGGCUUGCGCCAACUUCAUUGUCAACAAGAAGAUGAAUACCAAGGUCUGGGACCUAUUCUACGAAUCGGACCGAGUGCGUGAGAUGUUGACCAAGUUCAUCAAGGAGGAGUCGCUGCGCACGUACCUCUUCACCUACUCGAACGUCUACACCUCGAUCAGCAUACCCUCGCUGGCCCAGAUGUACGAGCUGCCCGUGCAGAAGGUGCACUCGAUAAUCAGCAAGAUGAUCAUCAACGAGGAGCUGAUGGCCAGCCUGGACGAUCCCAGCGAAACGGUGGUGAUGCAUCGCUCCGAGCCGUCGCGCCUCCAGGCCCUGGCCAUGCAGUUCGUGGACAAGGUCACAAAUCUGGUGGAUGUCAACGAGAAGGUGUUCGACAUGAAGCAGGGCAACUUCUUCCAGCGCGGCAACAUGGGCAACCGAGGUGAUCGUGGCUACAACCGCAACCAGAACAACCAGGGCGGCAACUGGGCCGGCCAGCGACGGGGGUCGGGCAAUCGCAACCGCAACCAGCAGCGUGGCCAUCACAAGAACCAACAGCAGCAGCACCAACAGCAACAAGUCCAGACCAUCGACGAGGAGUAGACGUUAGAGCGUGCUGAGCCUCCCUCCUUCCCACAUAGGCCUACUCUUCCUCGUCUCCACUUAAAAACAGAACAAAUUUGUAGCUCUCGGACUAUAUUAAAAUGGAAUGGCCAUGGACAACUGUUGGGGCUAAGUGCAGUCAGACCUCCGGUUCGGUUGCACGACUGGAUCGGAGGUCUGGUUUCCACCAUCGUCCGCUGACCGUUGCCUGUUGCUGUAGCCGCGUCCCAAGUAUA